AUGCCUAUUGGUAAUAUUUACGUUAUCGCGGCGGUUGCCGUUGUUGGUGGCGGUCUGUUUGGUUUUGAUAUCUCGUCGUUAUCGGCACAGCUUGGUGAACAAGCGUACAAAUGCUACUUCAACCAAGGACCUCAUGGACCGCCGUUUGAUGACCAGCCCUGUAGCGGGCCGCGAGAGCUGGUUCAAGGAGGUAUCACGGCAUCUAUGCACGCCGGAUCAUGGCUUGGUGCAUUGAUUUCAGGGCCCCUGUCUGACCGAAUCGGUCGAAAGUAUGCCAUUAUGUAUGGUUGUUUAAUUUGGUUAAUCGGAUCGUCCAUCAUCUCAGCAUCCCAAAACAUCGGCAUGCUCAUCGCUGGCCGCAUUAUCAACGGUCUAUGCGUGGGAAUUGAGUCAGCCCAAGUACCAGUUUACAUUGCCGAAAUCUCUCCUCCGUCCAAACGAGGUCGAUUUAUUGGUAUGCAGCAGUGGGCCAUCACAUGGGGCAUUCUUAUCAUUUACUAUAUAUCUUAUGGAUGCUCUUUCAUCGGCGAACAGACUCCCACGGGCUGGAAGGCGGCAGCUUGGCGGAUUCCCUGGGCCCUUCAAAUGCUACCCGCCAUCUUCCUGUUCUUCAUGAUGAUGCUCCUUCCUGAGUCACCCCGUUGGCUAGCUCGCAAAGAUCGCUGGGAGGACUGUCGCGCUGUCUUGACUCUAGUACAUGGUAAAGGCGACUCAAAUCACCCGUUUGUAUCGUUCGAGAUGGAGGACAUUAGGAACAUGUGCGAAUUCGAACGACAAAACGCAGAUGUAACAUAUCUCGACCUCUUCAAACCUGCAAUGAUCAACAGGACGCUGAUCGGGCUGUUUACGCAAAUCUGGUCUCAGCUCACCGGCAUGAAUGUUAUGAUGUACUACGUAACAAACGUUUUCAGCAUGGCAGGAUACACUGGCAACGCUGGGCUUUUAUCCUCUUCCAUUCAGUACGUCAUCAAUGUCUUCAUGACCAUCCCAGCUCUUCUGUGGGUAGAUCGCUGGGGCAGACGACCAACACUGCUCAUUGGAUCUGUCUUAAUGGCUACCUGGAUGUACGCCAACGCUGGAAUCCUAGCCGUCCACGGAGAGGUCAUCCCAGGCGGCAUCGACAACGUGGCUGCGCAAUCUAUGAAGGUAACUGGCGCGGCUGCAAAGGGUCUUAUUGCCUGUACCUACUUGUUUGUGGCAUCAUUCGCACCGACCUGGGGUCCAGUCUCGUGGAUUUAUCCCCCGGAGCUAUUUCCACUAAGACUUCGUGGCAAGGGCGUGGCACUCGCAACGUCCGGUAACUGGGCGUUCAAUGCGGCUCUUGGCUUGUUCACCCCUGUGUCCUUGGCCAACAUCAAGUGGAAAACGUACAUCAUCUUUGCCGUGUUUAACACAGCAGCCUUUUUCCACGUUUUCUUCUUGUUCCCUGAAACUGCGGGAAAGACACUUGAGGAGACAGAGAGCAUGUUUGAAGAUCCAAAUGGUAUCAAGUAUCUUGGUACUCCUGCUUGGAAGACGAGAAAGGCAACGGAGGCGACUAGACGCGCCGAACAUGGCGAUGUUGAAGCCAAAAUUGCUUCGGUGGAAGAUGACCACGUUGAUGACGCUACUCAUGUGUCGGAGAAGAGGGUGGGUGAAGUCUAG